CCAUGAAUGCACCAGCCGUCUUAAAUCCAACAUGGCGACUUACUUGGUCGCCUGUUCCUCUACUAGAAGCUUUGCAAAGUUGGUAUUGUCGCCUGUAGUGCGACAUUUCUCAACGCAAAGGGUGUGUUUUAUAGUCCCCCGUCGCUUUUCUCAUCGCAGCAGCUUGUAUGAGCAUGUUCGUGAGGGGUAUAGCGACAAGCCUCAGUUGGACAUGAGAGCGGUGUGUGAGCAGACCGACAAAGUCAUAGCUAAUGUAGAGAGCAGGAAAGGCGAGCUGCGCGGGGAAGAUGUCAAGGAAAUUGUGCGUGUGUGGCAGCAGCUCCAGGCAGUGCGAAGGGAAAUUGCUGAGCUGGAACAGCAGAAGCAGCUUAUUAGUGGAACUGUCAGAGCUUUAGUGGCAAAACACAGAAAGAAAGCCCUCGCCAAUCUUUCAGAGUACAACCAGGCACUGCUACGAGGUCGAGAGGUCCGUAAAAGACUCAACGAUCUCUAUCCCAAAGAGACUCAGCUGGAUCAGGAACACUAUAGCCGAGCACUCCGUCUACCCAACACCACACACCCUGAUGUUCCGAUUGGAGAUGAGAGCCAAGCAAAGGUAGUGGAGCUGGUUGGGCAGAAACCUGAAUUUGACUUCGAGCCCAGAGGCCAUGUCGAACUGGGGGAGCAGUUGGGUGGCCUCAUCAGGCAGAGGCAUCUCGCUCAUGUCUCGGGUCACAGAUCUUAUUAUCUGAGGGGGGCAGGGGCCAGACUUCAGAUUGCACUCCAAAACUUUGCUCUCGACACACUGCAACGCCGUGGCUUCAUUCCCAUGGUUGUACCUGACAUGCUGAAGGGUGCAGUGUUUGAGGGAUGUGGCAUGCAGCCCAACGCCCAUCGCUCUCAGGUCUACUCACUGGACCCGACUCGUUUCCCAGACCUAAACCUGGCUGGGACCGGAGAAGUCGGCGUGGCAGGUUAUUUCAUGGAUCACGCAGUUAAUUUGAAAGAUGUGCCUGUCAGGACGGUGUGUAGCAGUACAUGUUACAGAGCAGAGACAGACACAGGGAGAGAGACCUGGGGCCUCUUCAGAGUUCAUCACUUCAAUAAGGUAGAAAUGUUUGGCGUGACGGCAAAUGAGACUGGGCAGGAGAGCACUGAGCUCCUCGAGGAGUUUGUCUCCUUGCAAAAAGAGAUAUUUUCUGCUCUGGAGCUACACUACAGAGUGUUAGACAUGCCAACACAGGAGUUGGGUCCUCCAGCAUACAGAAAGUAUGACAUUGAAGCGUGGAUGCCCGGAAGGAACAGUUAUGGCGAGAUUUCUAGUGGGUCAAACUGUACUGACUAUCAGAGCAGACGCCUCAACAUCCUCUAUGAGAGAGACGACGGCAGCUUGCAGUACGCCCACACAGUGAAUGCCACUGCAUGUGCCAUCCCCAGAACUAUCAUUGCCAUUCUGGAGACUCACCAAACCAAAGAAGGAUCAGUGCACGUCCCCAGAGCCUUGCAACCAUAUAUGGGUCUUGAAAUAAUUGAGAAGCCAAAGUGCACUCCUCUGAAAUACAUUGGUCCCAACCAGCCCAGCCGCCGACCCAGGCCUUCUCCCACAAUUACGUGACACCGCUGUUGCAAAUAAUGUAUGCAGUCACAUUACAAUUCAUCUAAGUCAUUUUUAAAACCUAUAUAUUUAAUUUUUUUACAGCAUUCCAUGACCUCGCUUUUGGUUCGCUUUUCUGUGACCUGUGCUUCCUGCAUGGAUUGUAUAGCCAGACUCAUUGUCACUAUACAAUACAUAAUAUAGUUAAUCAAUCAUGAUGCCACUCAGUCUGUGUUUGCCAUGGUACCUUCCAGGACGGCAUCAUGCUGCUUAGUUUUUUAUUUUCACACUUAUUAUGAUGAAUGUUUUACAUUUACUGUAUUCGGUGGUGGGUCGUGCAUUUGGUACACGAGUCUUCAGUGGCCUCUUAAUGGAACUGACAUAAUGCACCUUCACUACCACUAUCAUGUUUAACUUAUAGAUACUAUUAGUCGGGUACGGAAAGGCAAACUGGCAGCACACAACUGUCAUGUUCAUUAUCUGAAGCAGUUCAAAAUCAACUUUUAAUAUGCCAUAAAACGUUUAAGAAAACCUACUCACCAGAGAUGUUGAUUUUUUUUCAUUCUCUUGUAAUGUCUGCCGCUGUAGCAAGUUUUGCGCUUACCAACCAAUGACCAAAAAUUGCUGACAUCAAUACUGAGCGUGAGAAUGAUCUUGAAUGCAAUUGCUUAAAGACAUUCUGUACUUCCCGUUAUUAAUAUUUAUUUGACAGUAGUCAAUAGAACUGAUUCUGAAGGCCCAAAGGUGGUUAAAUUGACAUUGGAACAUAGCAGCUCAAAUCUGAUUGGAGGGAAAAAAAUCUAAUGUAUAUCUAAUGAGAACAGAGCAGUGCAGCCAAGAAAAGUUAUGAAAUGAUAAUACAUUUGGAAAAAUAUUAAUGCAAUCUUGUGGUGCAAAUAUUAGAGUAGGUUGUAAAUGUAGGUCACAUUUAUUAUUCAGGCCAGCAGAGAACUAACUACGUCUUGGCUUGUGUAUUGUGUUCGUGAACAAGGUGCUGUAAUAGCAGUAAUACAUCACAAAGGUAUUGGGCGAUUGUUGCUGUCUGCCUGUAGGGGGCGCUUUAGAGCUCAACACGGCAUUGUAAAUACUGUACUGGAUUUACAUCUCGAUGCAAUAAAUCAAAACAUGAGAAAAAUA